AUGUCGAUCAACGGCCAGGAUCGCGCCGUGCCGGAGGCGUAUGUGCCGUUGAUCGCGGGGUCAGUGGCGCGUGCGCUGGCGUGUGUCAGCUGCGCGCCUCUGGAGCUUGCCAGGACGCGCAUGCAGGCACAGAGACCAGUGGGGGCAGGACUGGGGGCAGGGGUGGGGGCCGGAGUGGGAACAGCAGUGGGGGCAGUGGGGACGGUAGGGCCGGUAGCAGCAGCAGCAACAGCUGGUGCAGGAGCAGCAGGAGGGUUGGGUGGGGCAGGGGUAAGGGGUGGGUCGAGGCCAGGCACGUUAGCAACGCUGCGGACGAUUCUGCAGCCACAUUCGGGCACUCAAGGGUUGCGCGCCCUGUGGACAGGUGUCGACGCGCAAUUGGCCCGUGAUGUGCCAUUCUCAGCCAUCUGCUGGGGUCUAUUGGAGCCCACCCGGCGGUACCUGCUCAGUAGAUCUGCUGAACAGUGGGAGCAGAAACAGCGGGACAGGAAGCAGUGGGUUCACUGUGGUGCUGGUGCUGAUGCUGGUGCUGGCGGGGAGGUGUUUUCGCGGCAGCUGCCGCUGCUACAGGUCGUAGGAGCGAAUUUCGCAGCAGGGAUGGUGGCAGGAAGCGUGGCAGCAGCGGCAACGCACCCUCUGGACGUGGCUAAAACAAGGAGGCAGAUCCAGGUGUCGGGGGCUCAGCUGAAUACUGCUCAGACGCUGCAGCAUCUCUGGAGGGAGGGAGGAAUGAGGUCCUUAUUUGCUGGGGCGGGUCCUAGAGUGUUGAGAGCCGGCCCAUCUUGUGCCUCGGCGGCUGUGAAACCGUACUGCCGCUUCUCCGGAAAGCUGGUGGUCAAUAAUCUCGUGACUGAGCUAACGAAGGCUGGAAAUUAUUCCACCCUGGUUUCCGCGCUCAAGGAAACAGGCCUUUCCAAGGAUCUGAAGGACCUCAUUAACUGCUACGAGGCGACGUUCUUCGCGCCGACCGACGCGGCGUUCGCGGCGCUCGCGGAAGACGCGAAAAUUGCGACUUCGGACGAAAAGGUUCUUCGCGAGGUGCUGCUGCUGCACGUGGUGCAAAAGAAGAUGCCGGCCGCCGCGCUCAAGACCCUCCCGCAGGACAAGCAGUUCAAGGCGGCAUCCAACGGGUGCAAGGCUCGCCUGGUGAAGGUGUCACCUGCUGGCGCCGACCCAGUCCAGCUGCAGGCCCUGUACGGCCCGGAGGAAGCUUCCGUGGUGGCUCCUGACGUCAUCUCGCUGCGAGUGAUGCAGGUGCACGGGGUAGAUACGGUCAUCCUGCCCCAGAUCAUGAAGGCCGGUGAUAAGGACUCUCUGAAGCCCACCGUAUGCUUUCCCUGGCGCGCAUAG